AUGCCGCCCGCAAUCAGCGACGACGAAGGCUCGGCCUCUGGCUCUGAGGCUGAGAUCCCCUACAAGAAAGCGGAGAAACCCGCGUCCAAGGUUGUCGAGGAAGAGGAAGAGGAAGAUGACGACGAAGAGGAAGAAGACGACGAAGAGGAAGAAGAGUACGUCGUUGAGAAAGUCAUGAACCACAUUUUCGAUGAUGACGGCACCAUCAAGUACGAGAUAAAAUGGCAAGGAUACGAGAAGAAGCAGGACAGAACGUGGGAACCUGAGGAGAAUCUUGACGGCGCAAGGGAAGCGCUUGAGGAAUACUUCCAGAAGAUCGGCGGACGACCGACCGUCGGCGGAAAGAAGAGGAAGGCUUCUCAGACUCCAGCUGGCACUCCAUCUGGCAAGGGCCGCGGACGCGGUCGUAGAUCUCUCAAAGAUGAGCAGAGUGCAUCAGCCGAGCCGGAAACGAAGCCUGUCAAGAAGGAGAAGGAGCCGAGCUUUCCCAAGGGCAGCUGGGAGGACCAUAUUCAGAGCAUCGACACCCUCGAGGAAACGCCAAACCCGAAGACUGGCAACAGGGAACGUGCCGCUCUGGUAGUCUGGACUGAUGGCCGCAAGACGCGCCAUCCGCUACCAGUUCUCAAUCAGAAGUGUCCGCAGAAGAUGCUCGCGUAUUAUGAACAGCAUCUGUACUUCAAUUACAACUAA